AUGGCGAGUGACAAUUUAAUUGUCCUGGAGAGGUUUCAUGACAGACUGCGAGUAAGAUAUCCUAAAAUCAGCAGGCCGCAGGUUGUGAGCUACCUGCUGAAGGCCCGAGCCCGCUACUUUUCCGGAAAACUCUGCGGGAAUAGCGUCAAGGCUUUGGUCGAGGCCGUGUCUCAACUCAUCGAGGAGGACCUGGAAGGGGUCACUAAUUCAGCCGACUUCAUGAAUCGCGGAGAGACUGAAGGGGAGAGGCGGGGGAUGAAACUUCUCUUGAUCAUUUUCUUGCCUCACUUUGCCCUCGGUUUGGCGACAAGGUGUUCAGACGUUGGGGGAACACUGAAGCAAAUUGAUGCAGGAAUUGGAAUGGUGUUCGGAGUGAACACGACGGGAUCCGUCUACACCAGGAUCGGAGAUUCCUGGGUGAAGAUCCCCGGAUCCUUCCGACACGUCACUGUGGGUCCAGCGGGAAUCUGGGGCGUUGACCCCUACAAAAAAAUCUUCCGCUUUGUCGGAGGAUCCUGGAUCUCCAUAUUCAACGGUGAACUGAUGCAGCUCGAUGCCGGCGGUGACCAGUUUGUAGCCGGCGUGGACCAGUUUGGGGCCACGUUCUGCAUCAAUAAGCGAGAGGUGGAGGGCGCUGUCGCCAAUCGCUCCAUCCCCUUCAGCAGCGUGGGCAGUCGGAUGCGCUACUACUCCUGUGGGCCCCUGGGCUGCUGGGGCGUGACCCUGGCCAAAGAUGUCUACCACCGCCUCAACGUCAAGCCCACCGCCUGCAUCGGCACCAGCUGGACCCGCGUCUUCGGAAAGUUCCAGAACAUCGAGGUGGGCAGCGAUGGCCGGGUCUUCGGCAUCAGUGUCACCAAACAGCUCUACAUGAGGAAGGGAAUCACCGCCGAGAGACCCAUGGGCUGGGGCUGGACUAGGAUACAGAUCGGAAACUUACGGUUCAACCACGCAUCCUGGGAUCUGGGGAACCUCUGGCUGGUCAGGAACGACGGGAAAGUGGUGAAAUGCUCGACAGAAGACAUCGACUGA